AACUUCAAACACUUACCUGAAUUAGAAAAGAAAGAUAGAUAGAGAAAUAAAUAUUUUAUCAUACCAUACAAAAAAAGACAGAGAUCUUCUACUUACUCUACUCUCAUAAACCUUAUCCAGUUUCUUGAAACAGAGUACUCUUCUGAUCAAUGAACUCAUUUUCUGCCUUUUCUGAAAUGUUUGGCUCCGAUUACGAGUCUCCGGUUUCCUCAGGCGGUGAUUACAGUCCGAAGCUUGCCACGAGCUGCCCCAAGAAACCAGCGGGAAGGAAGAAGUUUCGUGAGACUCGUCACCCAAUUUACAGAGGAGUUCGUCAAAGAAACUCCGGUAAGUGGGUGUGUGAGUUGAGAGAGCCAAACAAGAAAACGAGGAUUUGGCUCGGGACUUUCCAAACCGCUGAGAUGGCAGCUCGUGCUCACGACGUCGCCGCCAUAGCUCUCCGUGGCAGAUCUGCCUGUCUCAAUUUCGCUGACUCGGCUUGGCGGCUACGAAUCCCGGAAUCAACCUGUGCCAAGGAAAUCCAAAAGGCGGCGGCUGAAGCCGCGUUGAAUUUUCAAGAUGAGAUGUGUCAUAUGACGACGGAUGCUCAUGGUCUUGACAUGGAGGAGACCUUGGUGGAGGCUAUUUAUACGCCGGAACAGAGCCAAGAUGCGUUUUAUAUGGAUGAAGAGGCGAUGUUGGGGAUGUCUAGUUUGUUGGAUAACAUGGCCGAAGGGAUGCUUUUACCGUCGCCGUCGGUUCAAUGGAACUAUAAUUUUGAUGUCGAGGGAGAUGAUGACGUGUCCUUAUGGAGCUAUUAAAAUUCGAUUUUUAUUUCCAUUUUUGGUAUUAUAGCUUUUUAUACAUUUGAUCCUUUUUUAGAAUGGAUCUUCUUCUUUUUUUGGUUGUGAGAAACGAAUGUAAAUGGUAAAAGUUGUUGUCAAAUGCAAAUGUUUUUGAGUGCAGAAUAUAUAAUCUUUGGUCUCCCCAUAAGCAACAAAUCAAAA